CAGAAAUUUCAAAUGUCUGCCGAGUACUUGCGAGUCUACAGUCCAGCUGCUGAUAGCAAGAGAAGAUCCAAGGAUCACAUUUGAUGAUCUCCAUAACACUGGAAUCUACACAUGGGACUACCUUGAUCACCUCACCCACAGUAAAAUCUCGCUCAUGAAGCAGUACCUCAAGUCCUUGAAAGAACUAGGAUUAAGUCGUGAUCCUCGCAAGACAUAAUUUCGUAUAAAAAAGUUUUUGUUUCAAAUGAUAAAAAUGUGAAUGACAGAAAAACAUAUCAAAAACAGAGCAUCAGAUCCAACGAAACAGGCAUAUGCGUUUCUUCUGGGGCAGUGCAAUGGCCCUCGAUGCCUCUCUCUUGGCCGGCAGCUGCACUCACAGAUCGCAAAGGACGGCCAGGAUGUGUUCCUCUGCAAUCUCCUCAUCCAGAUGUACGGCCGAUGUGGCAGCGUUGACGAAGCACACCUUCUGUUCCAGAAGAUGCCACACCGCAAUGUUUUCACCUGGAAUAUCCUCAUUGCGGCAUUUGCCGGCAGUGGGAAUCUCGACGAUGCCAGGAAUCUUUUCGAGGGGAUGCCGGAGAGAGAUUCCGUGUCGUGGAAUACGAUGAUCUCGGCAUAUGCCCUCCUCGGGCAUCUUGAAAGCGCAAAGAAAUUCUUUGAUAGAAUGCCCGAGCCGAACGUAGUCUCCUGGAACUCUUUGGUCACGGCGUACUUCCAGAAUGGGGAAAUAGAGGAAUCUAAGAGAAUAUUUGAUUCAAUGCUGGAGAGGAACAUGGUAUCUUGGAAUUGCAUGCUCACGGCGUAUGUCCAGGAAGGUGACCAUUCCGGGGCGGAAUGCCUGUUUGAUCGGAUGCCCGAGUAUAACAUCACGUCGUGGAAUCUGAUGCUAUCGGCCUACUCUUCUGGCGGAAUGGUCGACUGGGCAAGAAGCCUCUUUGACAGGAUUCCGGAAUGGAAUCUAGUCUCGUGGAAUAUCAUGGUAGGAGCAUAUGCCUUGAAUGGGCAUCUGCUAGAAGCGAGAAAAAUCUUCGAUAGGAUGAAAGAGAGGAGCGUCGCGACCUGGAAUUUGAUGAUCAAGGCAUACGUCGCGAGCGAUCAGGGCUAUGAAGCGCUGCGGCUCUAUUGCGCGAUGGAUCUCGUGGCGGACGAGAUCACAUUCACGAGCUUGCUGGAUGCGUGCGCGAGUGUCACGGAUCGUCCCCAGGGCAAGGUUCUCCACGGGGAGGUCGCGAGGCGAGGGCUUCUCUCUGAUUCGAUCGUCGCGAAUGCCGUGAUCGAAAUGUACUGCUGCUGCGGGGACCUUGAUGUCGCGGCGGCGAUCUUUGCGGCGAUGCCGGAGCGCACGAUCGUGUCCUGGACGGAGCUCGUCGCGGCGCUGGCCAAGAUCGGCCACAGCGAUGGCGCCAAGGGUUUCUUCCGGGCGAUGGCACUCGAGGGUUUCAUCCCAGGGGAGAAGACGUUCGUGAGCAUCCUCAGCGCUUGCAGCCACGGCGGAUUGCUCGAGGACGGAAUCCUCUUCUUCCUGGCGAUGAUCGACGACUACGCCAUGGCGCCGCGCGAGAAUCACUACGCGUGCGUGGUGGAUCUCCUCGCGCGCGCCGGGCAGCUCUCCAGGGCGGAGGAUCUCGUCCGCGGCAUGCCGAUGAUCCAUCGCGAGGGGAUUCAGUGGAAGACGCUGCUGGGGGCGUGUCGGAUCCACGGCGAAUCGGUGCUGGCGGCGCGCGCGGCCAAGAAGGUCUUGGAUCUCGACGCUAGAACAGGCUCCUCGUACGUCUUGCUCUAUGGCGCUCUUCCAGGUUCGAAUAUUCCCCGCUAGGGUUCCACCAUUGGUGUUAGGUUUUGUGGGCGAUUGACUCGAUCGACGAAGCGCGCGCCCCCGUGAUCUUCCAAGAUGUGGAGGCAAUCGCUCAUCGAUAAGAUGGAGGUGCGGAACACCUACCGCAACCUCUGGCACACCGAUCUCACGCAUUCCACUCUCAACGAUUGUCCAUGUAAGUUUUUCGAUCGAUUCUUUCUCGCUUCGCUCUUUUCUACUCGCAAAUGCUGGUUCUUCGCUGAUAUUUGGCCGUUAUUUCGCUUCCAGUUUGCUGCUUUGCCGCCUUCUGGUGAGAUUUAUAAAGAUCUCUCUUCCUCGA